AUGAAGACGGUGUUCACUCUUGCCGUGUUUGCGCUAGUCGAAACUUUAUCGAGAGAGAGAACACAUCAGAGACAUCUGGCGUUGUGUAUCACAACUAUUGCGCGUCGUCAUUUCGACCUUGAUCGGACUUUGCUAGUGUCUAGUUCAGGAAGCGGUGACGGGCUGUUGGACAUCGUAAUGGAAAAUCUUCAGAACAUCGAAUUGUGGCCUCUACGCGUGUCUCGCACGGAUAGUGUGACCCUAGCGCCCUACGAGAAACACCACGACAAGAUCGGAAGUUACGUAAUUUUAACUGGAGGACCGGAAGACAUAGAAAAACAGGUAGACAAGAUAACAGAUAGUGUUUUGUGGGGGGAUGAAGCUCGCUUUCUUGUGGUGGUGACCAAGUGCGAGGCUAUACCUCAUCUGCUGGCUCUGAAUCUCCUGAGGGAACUCUGGGAUAACACCAAGGCCCUAAAUGUUCUGGUGGCGGUUUACGAAAACUCUGUGCUUCAUUUGUACACUUCGUUUCCCUACCAGUCUGAUAAAAGCUGCGAAAUCAUCACAGAUGCUGUUCUUCUAAGCAAAUGGGACACGCAAAGCGACACAAAGCUCGGUAACAAUGGAACACUGUUUCCAGACAAAUAUCCGAGACAUUUCCACGGAUGUCGUAUUGACAUAUCCAUACCGCAUUCGAAAAUCGCAGAAAAGACGUACAUAUCCGAAACUGCUAAAAGAUUAAACAUAACAGUCAAUUACAUUUCUGGUCGACCAAAUGACAUGUCUCUCUACGAUCGAAUCCGUUCGUCGAUUAGCGAAGUGCUACUUGGUUCGUCCGAAAUAACUGUUGGAGGAAUCCCGCUCAUUAAAGACAUCGCUGAUAUUUUAGAUCCUUCAUUUUCGUACCACGAAACAAAAUACACUUGGUACGUUCCAUGUGCCCGACCCUUGCCUCGUCUUUAUAGUAUUUCUCGGAUAUUCUCUGCGUCUGUAUGGGCGGUCGUGGUCGUGGUAAUUUUUGCUGUCUCUGUCAUAAUUUGGUGUUUGGCAAAUCGAUCUCUGGAAACCUCCACUUACACCAGCAUCUCCAACGAUCUGUACAACGUCUGGGCCAUAGCUAUGGGGGUGUGUGUCACAGAGAUGCCACGUACAUGCCCGCUGAGAUUGAUAAUUUUCUCCUGGAUGUGUUACUGCUUCGCUAUCAACGCUGUUUUCCAGACUUUCUUCACCAGUUACCUUGUCGAUCCCGGUUAUGAUAAACAGAUCAGAACUUUAGAAGAACUUAUCGAUUCAGGUUUGAAAUUUGGAUUUAGACCCGAGUUUGAUGUGUAUUACCAAAACUCGAACUAUGAAAUUCAUAAAGAACUCAUGAGUCGAAAAGAGCACUGUGAUCCACCUUCUUUUUGCGUACAACGCAUAAUCGAUACUAGGGGUUACGCUACGCUAGCAGAAUCAUAUUCUAUAGAGAAUUAUCUUAAUACUGUAAACAACAGUAACUACGUAUGUACUAUGAACGACCUGGAGGCUUAUCCUGUAAAAAUUGUCGCCUACUUCUCGAAAGGAAGCAUCUUUCUUCGUGCAUUCAAUAAAGCUCUCGUUUCAAGUGUUGAGGCAGGUCUGGCAACCAAGGCAGUCAAGAAAAAGGUUUCUUCUACUGUCAGUAAUGCCGUGGACAAUUUCUUCGUAUUUACAGUUUCUCACCUCUCGAUUGCAUUCUAUUUGCUGCUACUGGGACACAGUGUGUCCAUUGUUUCGUUUUUCUUUGAGGUUAUUUACAAAAAACGUGCUGAAUCCUGAACAUUUCUUCAUUUUUAAUGUUGGGUGUGAUUAAAUUUCACUUUGUAAAAUGGGGCAUAUCUGUCACCACAACUUGUUUUUUUGGAAAAAUGAUAAUCAGAUUAUGAUUAUCCACUUUCUGUAUUGCACAAUGGUAAUUGCCUAUGACGAAAUUUAAGGCAUAGAUAUGCACCUGUAACUUGUGUUCACAGCCAGAAUGCACUAUGGUAAGUCUUUGACCAUUUGAGUCUGAUAGUCAUCAGGCCAACAAAAUGAGAAUGUGUUGCAUCCAUACUCCAGGAUUUAUUCGUGUUUCUUAUUCCUUUAGUACGUGGGUCUGCACUCUGAAACAACAAUCUUCUGAAGUCCCCAAGGCCGAUGCAACAUUUCGUAACUUGUUUACUUUUUUAUGGCGAGGAGUUGUUAGUCCUGCUAGCAUACUAUUUUUCAUCUAGACGUAAAUGUAGCUUUAAUCUCUGUCUCAAGUCCUCUCUUCAUAGUUUUAAGUGUGGCAUAAUGCAGUUCAUGGUACCACGGAUUUCAGUCACUUUUGUUCACUGGAGCUGCAUCGUCACCCAGACAACAGUCCUUGGAUGAACGAGCCCACCAAUUUCGCAAUUCACUGUUCGCGUCUCCCCAUUGACUACAAACAGGGCUUCAUUGGCUGGUGUGACCAUAUAGUGUCCGAACACUCCAGAGGCUGCAAUGGGUCGGUUCGGUGUGUCCCACUGAGCGAGGGUAGGGGGCAUGGCUUUGCCCACACCUGUGAUCAUCUCAACUUUCCCUGCAGAAAAACAGUGAAAGCAUCUCUUGACGGAAGAAAGUGCAAUGAUUAUUCAUCACCACAAUACACCAAAGAAAACAAAAGGAACCUAAACUAAAAUACAGAUUUCAUGCAAUGCCAAAUGCA